AACGGAUUGGUAGAGGUCAUGUUAUAUAACAUUUACGUGUGAAAUCGACCUCCCUUUAUUUUUCCUGGAGCCGCCUAUGAUCCACCUUUUACUCACUGGUGAACAUGAAAUAACUACAAAACAUGUUCAUUUCAAACGUCAUUUCUUUUGCUACUUUCACAUAACGAAUGUCAUGAUCCAAGAAGCAAACAAUCGAUGUGUAAUUACUUUCCAAUAUUCAGUACUGGACGCUCUUAUUACUUUCGGAAGCAUAUGACAUGUGAGUGUUGACGAGCACAUCAUAUAAAUAAUGAAUUCAUUCGCUCCAUGACGAUCUAAAUACCACCAAAUCGCUCAUCAAAUGGUACAGUGCAUAUCAACAUGAAUCGCCCCUGUUUGGAUACCUGCAUCCGCAAUUUGACAAAAUCUGCACCUUAUCUGUACCAGAUGUGUAUCAAAUGUGUACCAGAUGGCCGUCGUGAAAGCGGCUAGUAUGUAAUGCAUUAUUAUAUCCUCGAGCUAUAAUGCAUUAUUAUAGCUUGCUGUAUUAUACCAUGUCUUCUUGUAUUACACCCUGAAUUUUGAAAAAAAAAAUCAAAGUAAAGCUACUUUUUGAAUUUAUUUACAUUGUCUUACAUGAGCAUCCUUGAUUUGAACGUAAGCCUAGCACGCUGACAUGUCAUGCGUUUACAGAAUCAUGAAGGUCCUGCUGGUUGUGCUUCUGGCCGGAGCGGCCUCCGCCUUCGUGGAGAGGCCCGAGUGGGAGGCCUUCAAGCUGAAGCAUGGCAAGUCCUACGCCAACCCCAUCGAGGAGUUCUACAGGAUGAAGGUGUACGCCGACAACAAGGUCAAGGUUGCGCAGCACAUGAAGGAGUACGCCGAGGGAAAGCACACCUUCACCCUGGCCCUCAACAAGUUCGCUGACCUGACCUCGGAUGAGUUCGCCCGCGGCUUCAAGGGACUGAAGAUCGGCAGCACCGUGCCCCACGAGACCCACAAGGUGUCUGGCAAGGUGAACGCGGCUGAGGUGGACUGGCGCGGCUCUGGUGUGGUGACCGGCGUCAAGGACCAGGGCCAGUGCGGCUCGUGCUGGUCGUUCUCUGCCACCGGCUCGCUGGAGGGUGCCUGGGCCCUGGCCGGCAACUCGCUGGUCUCGCUCAGCGAGCAGCAGCUGGUCGACUGCUCCACCGCCUACGGCAACGCCGGCUGCAACGGCGGCUGGAUGGACUCGGCCUUCCAGUACAUCCGUGACAACGGUGGCAUCGAGGCCGAGGCUGCCUACCCCUACACCGCUCGCGACGGAUACUGCAAGGCCAACGGAAACAACGUCGCCACCCUCCGCAGCUACGUCGACGUCCGCUCCGGCAGCGAGAGCGCCCUGCAGGACGCCGUCGCCAACGUCGGCCCCGUGGCUGUCGCCAUCGACGCUUCCCACUUCUCCUUCCAGCUGUACUCCGGCGGUGUGUACAACGAGGCUCGCUGCUCCAGCAGCCGCCUGGACCACGGUGUGCUGGCCGUCGGCUACGGCACUGAGAACGGCCAGGACUACUGGCUCGUCAAGAACUCGUGGGGCGCCAGCUGGGGCAUGGACGGCUACAUCAAGAUGACCAGGAACUCCGGCAACCAGUGCGGCAUUGCCACCUCCGCCUCCUACCCCGUCGUCUAGGUGUACUUCCAAUGUUUCGUGAAUAAGUUGAAUGCAGCGAUGCUGUUUAGUUUUGUUCAGUUACGCUCCAAAGUUAACCUUCCUUUAUGAUUUAACAUAUCCCACUCAUUGAAAGUGCAAUAAAAUUUAGAACUCA